UCUUUCAUCACAUACGGAGAUUUUAACGAAAAAGAAUAAUAAAAUACAUAAGCGGGGACAAGGCAAAAGUAAAGGACAUAAGGAUUACUCGGAUACUGAUAAAUCUUAUGAAUCGAUAUCUGAUGAAGAUAGCAACACAUACCCUACAUUACCACUUUCUGGCAAGAGACACGAUAAUGAUCGCUCUCCAAUGGAAAGUCAAAAUAUUACUAAUCAUAACUUCAAGCGAACUACAGAUAGCGUUCACGUAAAUGCUGAAUUUUCAGAAUUCAGAAAACAACUUCUUAAAGAAGUUCAUCUGAUUAAUCUUAAAUUAAAUGAUCUUAUGGAUAACGUGAAUAUACUUGUAAAAAAAGCCCAAUAUGCUGAUGAGCCAGAACUAAAUGAUGACACUAAUACGGCUGUUAUGACUUUAAUACAAUCGUUUCCAGUCGUUACAGAGCAGGAAUUAAUGUCGAUGGAAGAAUGGCUAUCGAGUUCAGCUGAUAACAUACAUGCACUGAGUCAUUAACUGCGUUUAAUUGGAGGCACAGAUCUUCCCCAUGUAAUCAAAGCCAUUAUGUCGAGAGCAAUUUCAAAUGAAGUUGGAAUGCUAUAUUCCUGGGAGGGAGCUCGGCAAAAAAAAGCUUUUAAAUCGCUAAAGUUCGUCCAAGUGAUC